AACAGGAGGACCAGGCCAAAAUGUUGAGAAACACAGUUUUUAGUCGUUUUCUCGCAAGCACAUCAAAUGGGCUUAUGGGGUUUCCCAAAUGAACGAUUAUUUUAUUCAAUUCGUUACCUUGCCUAAAAUGAUUUUGAAAGUUCAAUAAGCUUGACCUAUUUGGUGUAGGAAUGAUUUUCGUUAGAAUAAAACAAUUAGUCUCUUCCACGGCAUCGUUCAAACAACACUGUGUAAAGGUUUGGAAACUAGUCGUCAAUUGCGAUGCGUACUAUUAUUAUCCUCUGGUGUUUAAUCGCUUCGGAGAUCACAGACGCGCUGAAAGGUGAUGAAUGCACAAUCAACAAACAAAAUGGUAUCUGUCUGUUGCGCUCCGAUUGUACCGAAUAUCCAGAACUACUAAAACUAGGCAUCAGACCAAACAUCUGCGCUUAUAGUAAAAAUCGGGCUCCAGUUAUUUGUUGCCCAGUGCCGGAGCAGGAACGGAAAAGACCUUUGCGAAAAAGCGAACAGUACUGUGAACAGUAUCGCGAGCUCGCUUCGAAGGAGAUCUCCUUCAAGCCACUAUCGCUGAAUCAGGAAUCGGAUCGGCGUGCGUUCGUUCCAAAAUGUGACGAAUCGAUUGGACUGAUUGUGGGCGGCCAUGCGAGCAAACCGGAAGAAUUUCCGCACAUGGCGGUGCUGGGCAUACGCGAGUCAGACGGAACAAUUCGAUUCGAAUGUGGUGGAUCUCUUAUAAGUGAUCGAUUUGUGCUGACCGCCGGGCAUUGUGUAAUCACUCAGUCUGGGGCUCCCAAUGUGGUACGGUUGGGUGAUUACAAUCUCUACAGUACGACGGAUGGAACGACCGGUGUUGAUUUUGAAAUCGAACAGAUACUGAAGCAUCCAGAGUACAAACCGUCCCGGAGCAAAUACAACGACAUUGCGCUGGUUCAGCUGAGUAGAGUGGUCGAUUUCGGAUCUGCGAUCCGUCCAGCUUGCUUGUGGCCGUCGAGCGAACUCAAUGUCACCAAAGCGGUCGCUAUCGGAUACGGUGCGACGGGAUAUUUUGGUGCGCACUCGGACGUGCUUAUGAAGGUUGAGUUGGACAUGCUACCGAACGAAAUAUGCAGUGGAAUGUACCUGGGUGUUAGGAGACUGGACCUUUCCAUAGUCGAAUCGCAGCUGUGUGCCCACUCACCGGAAGGCGGGAAGGACACGUGUCAGGGAGACUCGGGAGGACCCCUCCAAACCACACUGCCAGGACACAGAUGCUUGUACUAUGUGAUUGGAGUGACAUCGUUCGGAAGCGCAUGCGGAAGCUCUGACUCUGCCGGGGUGUACACGCGGGUCGAUUUCUAUUUGGACUGGAUCGAGUCGUUGGUGUGGCCGUGAUAAUGGCCACAACAGAUAGCGUAGAAGCAUGUAGCACUAAAUGUACAAUGUGUACUAUUUAUUUUUAUGAUUUUUAUGAUGGAAGUUUGGCAAUUUCCCACAUAGGCGGAUAAUGAAUGCGAACUCGAGCGAACAUCCAUGGUCGCUCGACGCGUGUCUCUAGACUUGUAAGUCAAUCAAGUGUCUAACAGCGUGUGAAUAUUUAAACCAUUCAAUAGAAUCAUUUUCUAAGGAACAAACAAAAGUAAUACCAAUAUAGUUCAUCAAGAAAACUGAAACAAAUAAUUCCUCGUUGAAGUAGAUUUAGAGUUCCCGUGAACGUGAGCGCGGACAAACACUUUUUUGUUUAUAAUUCAUCAGUCUAUAAAUAAAACGAGAGGAAAACAUCUUGAAACGAUGGGAAGAAACAUUUUCUAGUUGAAAAACAUGUGCCAACGCAAUUCAAAUAAAAGUGGAUUGAUUCAAUAUUUCACAACGAUUCUGAAUUUCCACCGUGGAAUCAAGAUGUUGUUAAACUCACCAUAGUUCACCGACUUCGGUGAACGUGAACGUGAACAGUUGUGAUUAUAGAUGUCAAAAUGUUUCCUCGUUCGUGUUCUUCGUUCGAAUGUCCCAAGACAUUCUGAAAAUUAUUUCACCGUGAAGCCUGGUUUAGAGUUCCCGUGAACGUGAACUUGAACUACAUUGCGAACAAACAACUCAAAAGAUCGUGGUGAAAACAAUGUUUUUGUUCACGUUCACGUUCAUAUUAAAAGUUCGGCAGUAAACGCGAAGUAAAUAAACAUCGAUAUUCAAUAGAGUAAUUCGGAUAAAACAUACAGUUGUUCACGAAUCAACCCGAAGCAACGAAGUUUUUCAACCCGUGCAGAGAUCCGAUUGAAUGAAAUUGCAUCCAUAUUGAAAUUUUCACUGAACACUCGAGAAUUUCCAAACAUAUCCUUUUACAGUUCACGGUGAAAUCAUUUUCAGAAUGCCUUGGGACAUUCGAACGUGAAUAUGAACGGGGAAAUAUUUUGACGUCUAUAUUCAGUACUGUUUUCUCGUUCGCCGAAGUCUGUGAACUAUGGUGAAUUAACCAACAUCUCGAUUCCACGGUGGAAACUCAGAAUCGUUGUGAAAUAUUGAAUUAAUCCACUUUUAUCAAUAUAAAUUGUGUUUAAACAUGUUUUUCAACUAUAAAAUGUUUCUUCCUAUCGUUUCAAGAUGUUUUCCUCGCGUUUUAUAUAUGGACUGAUGAAUUAUUAACAAAAAAGUGUUUGUCCGCGUUCACGUUCAUGGGAACUCUAAGCCCAGCUUGAGCAGCAAUUCUCAAGUUUUCAAUGGAAAUUUCAAUAUGGAUGCAAUUUAAUUCAAUCGGUUCUCUGCACGGGUUGAAAAACUUCGUUGCUUCGGGUUGAUCUGUGAACAACUGUAUAUUUUAUCUGAAUUACUUUAUUGAAGCUCGAUGUUUAUUUACUUCACGUUUACUGCCGAACUUUUAAUAUGAACGUGAACGUGAACAAAAACAUUGUUUUCACCGCGAUUUUUUGAGUUGUUUGUUCACAAUGUAGUUCACCGUUAAAUGAUCGUACUAUUCCACCAUCUGUUCAAGUUCACGUUCACGGGAACUCUAAACCAGGCUUUAUUUCGAAUAAAUGCUGUUGAUACCGUUCAACAGUCGGCGCACACUUUCUUCAGCCACGGCCUUGGCCAGCCGGUUCCACCAAUUCCUGAUUUUUCAGGAUUUCCCAAACUUUUUGAUACUUUCCCUGAUAUUCUGAUAAUCACUCAAUUUAGCCCGAUUUUUUAGAAGGGAUACUGAUUCACCCUGAUUUUUGUACUUUUUUACUUUAUCAGAAUGAAAAUUAUUAGAAAAAAAUGUACGGAAAUGAGAACUGUAACAUUAGCUCUCCGGUUCGCACAAGCAUAAUGCUCAAAUUAAAUCAAAUUCUCCUGGUACAAAGUUUGAGCAAACUUUUUCAUCAAUAUGUGUGAUCAACGGAAUAAGCUUUUCCAGAAUUAUUUUCACUACGCACAAAUAUUUCGAGGCUUUUCAUAACAGUGCUAGAUAGUUUCAAGAAACCAGAAUGAAGAAUUUAAAGAAAUAAUAACGAUAACAGCAUUGCCUUGUAUGAUUUGAAUGUACGAGUAGCUGCAAAAUUAUUGAUGAAGGAAUACCUUUUAGAGUGCAAUCUUACUCAAAAAAAACUUGAAAUUUUGAAUAUUGAUUUCUCUACAAUUCACUGUAGUGAUGCUGUAGGUUUUUGGGGAAAAUAUAUAAGUUAAAGAAGUUAGGCCUUUGGGAAGGUUUUUAAAAAAUUAUAAACGAACUACCUCACUUGAACAUCGAAUUAUGACUGACUUUAUUCCUUACUAAUUAGCCUGAGCUGAGUUCCCUAACGCGGCGUACGGUUAUGCUGAUUCUCCAGUUUGGUUCCGGUGAGCUCGAUCGUGGUGGACUUCGACCUGGCCAAAGCGCUGAGCCUUAGGAUUGUGUAUCGAACGAUAGGUCGAUGUUUCGAUGGGUCGUUGGUAUCGAUGAUGUUGACGGUGCAAAUAUUCAGGUCGAUGCGCCGUCAAUGAUGAUGCGCUGUUUGUUCAUGUGUCGCCCGGAGAACUGAUGCGUUAGCUCUAUUGGAAGUGGGUCACCGCUGUUGUUCGGUGGUUAGUUGAUCUGUUCGUGUAGUACAUGGGGAUGUGGAUGUU